GCUUGUCGUCCAAUCUUUCCCCCGUGCCGGCGUCAACCAAACGACCCCCUCCCCCCCCGCCGUAGAUCUCGACUCACGAGGAGAAAGGGAUCGCCGCCGCCGCCGACGCCGAGAGAGGAUGAGCUACCAGCAGGUCCCUCCGCAGGAGGCCUACCCUCCGCCAGGGUACUCGCCGGUGUACCCGCCGCCGGCGACGGGCGGGCAGCAGGCCCCCCCGUACUACGCGCCGCAGCAGCAGCAGCCGCCGCCGCCGCCGGGGUACCAGGGCUACUUCAGCCAGGGCCAGCCGCAGCAGCCGCCGCCCUACUACUACCCGCCCCCGCCGCCGCACGGUGGACACCACCACCACCAUGACCACCACGCCGAGCACCACCACCACCAUGGUCACCAUCACCACAACGAUGAUGAUUGCUGCCUUGGCUUCCUCAAAGGAUGGUUGGCCGCUCUAUGCUGCUGCUGCUGUCUGGAGGAGUGCUGCUGCUGUUUAUGGUGAUAUGCAUGCUUGGAAGCUACCCGUGCCUUGCAUCUUCGACAUUGGACGUGCCGCAGUAUCUAGUCAAUCUUUCGACUUAUUAUUAUAUGUCGCUAUAUAACGUGUUCUGUUACCUGUGUCAAAUAAACGGUGUUUACAUUGUUUUUGCUGAACUGUUUGGACCAUGGAUGAACGGUAUUGUACAAAGUGUACAUGAUUCAGACUUGAUUGUUUUUCAUUGGUUGA